UAUAGAUAGACAGACAAACGAAAGAAAAUCGACACAUUAUCAAGUGGGUCCAACAAUAAAACAAUAAUUGUGUAAUUUAACACAUCCAAAAUAUUUCGCUUUAGUUGAAUUGGCGUCUCUUAGAUAUCAACAUAAGUGAUAACAAAAAGUGGAAGUGAUUAUAGCGCCUCCCAGAUCAUGUUAAAUACCCAUAACUUUAAAAACACGACCUCUUGCAAACUAUGCCCUUUUAUCACAUUUAUUUGUGGACACGACAUGUGCCUUUAACAAAAUCGAACAUCACCAGUCUGCCUUAAAGAGCCAACCAUGUGUUACUCCGGGCCUCCCCUAUUCUCUCCACAACAAACUGCCAAAAACGAAUCUUAAGGUGGACCAAAGAGAUGCACCAGUUGUAUUGUGUAUCUGUGUUAUACAUGGGAUAGGAAAUAGUUAAUUCCCACACAUACGAAUAAUUAUGCAAGGUUUUCCCUGCCUGGUAGUGUUUAUAUUUCUAAACACACUAAUUCUCAGACAGCAUGAAUUAAUUUUAUUAAGUGUGCCUGUCCCUUUUGAAUAACUUUUUCAACAAUUCUCUAAAACAGUAGUAGCUGGAAGUGAAUGGUGUUUUUAUUGGUGUUAUGACAAGUAGGUCUCAUGUUGCCUUGUAUACAAACGAUUUCUGUUGGACUUUCUGUGCCAGCAGUGUCACUCAUGGUCUGACUUUGUGCCAUUCUAAGAAUCUUAAAGUAAUCCUUCAGAAUGAAGGGAUUACUACAACACUCUGUGCUAGAAGGUAGAAGGACCUAUUCUGAAAAGACAGUUUAUCCGUCUAACUUGACUAUAUUUACACAAAUAUCAGCUUUAUUUAGCUUAACUGUUCAUAGAUAAUAAUCAACAAGCAAGUUUACGGUUUACAUAAUAAUGGAGAAAAAUGCUCAUGUGUCUAGAUUUAUGUUUCUCUUUCGUUGGUAUUAAUAUAAUAGGCUGCCAAGAAACCAGCCGGUACAGUAAUUGGGCCGACGUCAGCUUGAGAUGGUAACCGGAAGCAUCCUAACAGUAAGCCCAGUUAGUUGGAACACCCGCAACAUGCUGCACAUUGAAAGGGCUAUCGGAGUUCAGUUAUUGAGAUACCUGUGUACCAGAAUAAGAAAUAGAGGGGUUAUGUAAUCAACAAUUUACUUAAAGGCAGGAUGCAAGGAUCACCAGGCUUCUGAAUUUCCACCUCAACAAUGUUGAACCUGUUUUUGCUCUUCAUUGUUCUGGCUUUGGUACACUCAUCUCUUGGAAACAGUAUCACAUCUCCUACCUCAUUAGGAAAGUUUGACCCUAAAACUUGUGAGUGCAGCAGUAGAAACAAGGCAGGUGCGGAUGACCUGUCUACUGAACUAAUCUCUGUGGAUAGCAGUGAACCUAUGUUGGAGAGAACCACAAAUACAAAUCCUGCUUCAACUAGCAGGAACAACAUCGGUUCAUCUAAUGACGGCGUGGAAACCAUAAACAUGCAAAGGGAUUCAUCCUUGCCAUCUCUCUCACCUAUAUCAAGGGAAGGGGUUGGUGUGAACACUAUUCCAGAAGAUUUUGGAAGUUCUGGUGAACAGAACUCAGAAGAGUCAAGAGUCAUAACAGAUCAGAUCUCUAUGGUGCCUAAUGAGCAAGAUGACAACAGACACGAAACCGCAAAUAUCGACACGCUACAACAACAACGCCGCCUGCCUCUGAUCAAUAAUAAAUCAAUGAAGGAGGAUCCCGACGCUGUCCCGGCUGGUCCGUCUGACUUCAUUAUCGACCAAGACCUAUUGAGUUAUGACGGUCCGUGUGUGCCCAUGCUCGCCUCCUGUGCUGCUUUAGCAGUCUCAAACGGAACUCAUCUGCUCUGGGACGACAUGAGACGGACCCUUGCCUUCGCCUGGGAGCUGCAUGUCUUUGGAUCGGCCAGCCUGUUUGCCUUACUGGCAGGAUUGGCUGUUAUGGGAAUGAUUGGUGCGUCUACACUCGUUCAUCCCCUCUGUGGUCCCCUGACCCUGGCAAAUAGCCUCUUACUGUUGACAGGGACCCAGCGAGCUGUCCUACUUCUGCUUGAUCCUUAUGGGACACGGCAGAUCUUAGCUCGACCUACUCUAGCGGCGUUCCAUAAUCUUCCCCUGCACUUUCUCCUGUGGGCACAGGUGGUCCUUGCUCUGGUAGCACUAAGAGGGGUCAUACUGCGUCAGCUGCCGCAGAAGCUGCAGCGUCCCUGGUUGGUGGGAGUUCUCGCUGUGUUACAUUGUGCCCUGUUGCUCGCAGCUGAUCUUCUUUCCCCGGUGCUGUCCCUGACCUUUCCGUUAUUGCUGCAUACCUUCUCCCUCUGCUGUGCUCUGCCCUCCUGCGUUGAAAUCCUCAGCCAGUCGUUCUCCCGUCUGCAGCUCUCCAUCAGCAAUCCCAAACCCGAGUGGGGAAUGUCCCAACGGAUCGAGAACCAUGCCAGGCGGCUGAUGGUGGUCUGCUCCGUGCUAGGGGUACUGUGCUGCUGCCUUCAGGUGUACACACUGCUCUGGCUCUAUGGAGUUCUGGGGAGCUGGAGGCGUUUCAGCUGGUGCUGGUGGCUCAGUCAGUUCUGGGCCAGAGUCGUGGAGUUAGCGUGGGGAUUUGUGUUGCUCGCACUGGGAUCCUGGAUCUUGUGGACUCCCCAAAAGAGCCGCCUGAGGGGUGAUCACUGGCAGGGUAGACAAGAGUGGUCGAGUGGAUCUGAGAACACAAGCUUUUGGGAUAGAGUCUUUAUUAAGAUUGGGAAUGGCCAGUUUAGACAAUCAGAGAAUACCUGGGUAGAUCUGAUGCCAAAUACCUGGAGCAGUUAUCCUAGUCACAGAUCAGGUUUUAAUAACAGCCCCGUGUGUACGUUUGAUGAGCCGGUGUCUACCAUUAUUCCUAACCACAUGCCUUGCCCUGUCAUAAGUAGUAGCUGUAACUCACAGGCAGUCCUGCAGUCGCAAAGAGAUGUGGAACCUGACUCUUUCCUUUCACUCGUAGAGUUUGAGAUGCGACCCCCAUCUCCUAUCGACCUCGUAGGCAGCAUCGACUAUGCCCUUAGCCAAGGAGAUUUUUCAGUGGGAAGUCUGUUCAAAUCUCGGGCUCACGUGACUGGCAUGGUUGACCCAGAUGUAACUCACGGCCAAGGUACCGCAAUUACACCUAGCCCAGUUCAUGUUGCCUUCAGGGAGACAGUGGAGACAGGUUUUACCUCUGGAUCUCCGGAAAAUGUCCCACACAUGGACAUAAGACCAUCGCCCAAUGCCUACACUGACUACACACCCAACAGAUUCUCAGAAAGUGACGAAACACCGGAAAGAGGGCAACAAAACUCAGAAAUCGAGUCUGAAUGGAUGCAUCAGGACUGGACUGAGGAUGAUAUUAUAGACCUCUAGGCCUCAAAACAUCAGCACUCAAAUUCCUAUUUUUUUGGGGUUUGCUUUUCACCGUAGCCCUAACAGGUUGUAUUUCAAUUAAAACCGUGACAAAGAUGACUUCCUCACACAAAAAACUCAUAAUUAAGUCAAAUAUAUUAUUGCUUGUAAAACUAUAUUUUGAAAAUAUACAUAUACACAUAUACAUUUUUGUAAGAUUUGAAAGUAUUCUCAAUUGUAUAUAUAUAUUUAGAUACAUUCAUCACUUUUGUACUUUGAUAUAUGAAUGCAGCUUCACUUUAUGCGUAGCUUAAUGUAUAAGUAAAUCUGUACACGUGAAAUUGUUGUUUUCUAAUACAAACAUUGUAACUUGAAAUCACAA